CAGUCCCGAGACUCCGGAUCCGAGGAGACCCGUCACACAACAUGACAACAACCUCAUGCGCUAUUCUGUGAACAAAGCCGCUUGUUUGGGAGUAUUUACGCGCUAACGGGACUAAAGGGACGGCACUUCUGGCCGAAGAGGAGGAGUCGAGGGAGAACUUUUUAGCAUUUAGGGGAAGAGUGGAAGCAGGCGGGUCAGCACUGACGAGAGAGGAGAUCCUGCUACAGCCUGGAGGGCUUAUCCUGGGCUGACUGGCAAUCUCGGGUGUGGCUCUCUGUCUGGAGCUGCUACUGACCUCAGCCCUGCUGUCAUGGCCUCAGUCCUCACACCAUGCAGAAAGCACCCCUCCUAACCCUCAUACCUCACACAUACUCACACCACAUAUCACCACACACACGCACAGCCAUGAUGACCACCUCCCACAUGAACGGAUAUGUGACCGAGUCGGAUGGUGGGGGAGGGAGUGUCGGAGGCACUGACUUUCUGGAGGAGGUGGUGCAGCGACACAGGGAGAUGGCGGUGGAUUGCCCCAGUGAACUGGGUGCCCGCACCCUGCCCGUCAGACGCAGCGCUCAGCUGGAAAGGAUCCGCCAGCAGCAGGAGGACCGCAGGAGACGGGAGGAAGAAGGCCGCAACAGACAGGAACUCGAUCUCAACUCGUCCAUGCGCCUCAAAAAACUCUCACAGAAUCCCAAAGUGGGCAUCGAUAACCCCACCUUUGAGCAAAUGGAAGGUCCGGGAGGCUCCGUUGGUGGUCUGCAAAUUCUCACUGCACCACCAACUCUACUAGAGCUGGAGGACCUGUUGAUGUCCCUCAAGCAGGUGCAGCAUAGUUUGAAUGACUCUCAGAGUCAAGAAGACAUGGAGCUGGUUCUACAGCUGGUCCAGAAGCCUGACUUCCAGAAAGCCUUCAACAUUCACAACGCCGUGUCCCACUAUAUGAACCGGCCCAGCCCUCCCUACCCCCUGACGGAUCAUGCACAGAGCCUCGCACAAGAGGUGGAGGUCAUGAUGCUCAACAGCUCGCAGAAAGAAGGCCUUGAGCUAAGCACCCUGCUCAGAACUCCUCACCUGCAGGCGCUUAUGAUGGCCCAUGACAGUGUGGCUGAGCAGGAGAUGCAGCUGGAGCCUCUUGUUCCUUCUGUCAAUCAAAGUGAGACUCUCACCCAGUGGGGCGGGGAGACUGUCAAAAUCGUGCGGAUUGAGAAAGCUAAGGACAUCCCAUUGGGAGCGACUGUUAGAAACGAUAUGGAUAGCGUGGUCAUCAGCCGCAUUGUGAAAGGAGGAGCAGCAGAACACAGUGGCCUUCUGCACGAAGGAGAUGAGAUCCUGGAGAUCAACGGUGUAGAAAUCCGUGGCAGAGAUGUCAACGAGGUCUUCGACAUCCUGGCGGACAUGCACGGUGUACUGACUUUUGUUCUCAUUCCCAGCGCUCAGAUCAAACCACCUCCUAUUAAAGAGACUGUGAUGCACGUGAAGGCGCAUUUUGAUUACGACCCCUCAGAUGACCCCUACGUUCCGUGUCGAGAGCUCGGCCUGUGCUUUCAGAAGGGAGAUAUCCUCCACAUAAUCAGUCAAGACGACCCUAACUGGUGGCAGGCCUACAGAGAUGGAGAUGAAGACAACCAGCCACUUGCUGGCCUGGUCCCUGGUAAAAGUUUCCAGCAGCAGAGAGAGGCAAUGAAGCAAACCAUAGAGGAGGAUAAAGAGCCUGAGAAAUCUGGGAAACUUUGGUGUGCUAAAAAGAACAAGAAGAAGAGAAAGAAGAUGCAAUACAAUGCUAAUAAAAAUGAUGACUUUGAUAACGAGGAGGUCCUUACAUAUGAAGAAAUGGCACUUUAUCACCAGCCAGCUAAUCGCAAGCGGCCCAUCGCUCUCAUCGGUCCACCAAACUGUGGUCAAAACGAGCUCAGGCAAAGACUCCUCUCCAGUGAGCCGGACAGGUUUGCUGGCGCUGUUCCUCACACCACACGAAGCCGUCGCGAUAUCGAGGUGAAUGGCCGUGAUUAUCACUUCGUGUCCCGUCAGGCUUUUGAGAUGGACUCCGGUGCUGGGAAGUUCAUAGAGUCUGGAGAAUUUGAAAAGAACCUCUACGGCACCAGCACAGACUCAGUCCGACAAGUCAUCAACACGGGCAAAAUCUGCCUCCUCUGUGUACACACUCAGUCUUUGAAGGUAUUGCGCAGCUCGGACCUCAAGCCCUACAUUAUCUUCAUUGCUCCCCCAUCCCAGGAGCGAUUGAGAGCCCUCUUAGCUAAAGACAACAAAAAUCCAAAGCCCGAGGAGCUGAGAGACAUCAUCGAGAAAGCCCGCGAGAUGGAGCAGAACUACGGCCACCUGUUUGACGCCGCCAUCGUGAACACCGACCUGGACAAGGCUUAUCAAGAGCUGCUGCGUCUCAUCAAUAAACUAGACACUGAACCUCAGUGGGUCCCCUCGUCCUGGCUGCGCUGAGACAGCGACCCCUCCACAGACGGGUGUAAACCAAGAGCAGACUGUUCACGAAUCGCAUACUCUCUGCUUCCAUAGAGCUGACCGAAAGCCGCCUUUUUUUACACUACAGGACUCAACACUAGAUAAGGACCCUGCGCCCCCUCAGACCUUGCCGGACGUGUCUGUCUGCACUGCGCUGUCGGCAGGCUGAGGGAAUUCUGAGUUUUGUCAGAAUUCGUUCGAUCACGGUGUGUUUUUGAGUCCAGUUACCCACAUUCCAAUGAGAGAGUUACCAGCACUUGGUGCAGCAGUAGAAUUAGGGCUUCUAUACUGCUUUUGAUAACUAUUUAUGAUUUGUAAAUAUUCUAUAUGUAUUUUUAAAGACAAACGUGGAGGGUAAAGCGACCGUACUUGCAAGUCACUGUUUUAAAAGUCCAAUGAGAUACUCGGGCUCCAGACGAGUUUGGGCUCCCUGACAUUAUUAGUGGACAAAGACAUUGACCGAGUUCACUCUGUUCUCUCCUCUUUCACCCUGAAAGUCUGAUGUACAAUGUUACGUGAACAUCAAGCGGUGGGUCCGGUGCCCGUCUGAACAACUCUUUCAAGCUUACGAGACACUAAAAGGGAUAAAUGUCAAAGCGCCUGAUGUCUUCUAUCCCCGUGGCGCUGCCUCAGUGUUCCUAUGGCAAGCAACACUGCGAUUACGACAGAGGUUAAUGGUACGCUUCAGGUUUUUUCGAGAGUUUUCAAAGCCACAUCUGAGCACGGCUGCAAGAUGGAAGUGGCUAAAUGUAAGUCUAUGCUCUCUGUCUCAGUAUUCACACGCACUUCCAGCACUCAGAAGUGUAACCAGUAUUGUAAACAGUAUUUGACAGCAAUACAGUGAGGUUCACCAUCUGAGCGUCAGCACGGCCUAGUCUUAGUCGAUGCUUCUGCACAAUUUAAAAUGUUCCUUUCUGUGAUUUGUUUUAGAUUGGAUUUGAAGGAUCUGUGUUGUUUUUACCCGUUUCAACACGAGCAAAGGGCUUGUGUUUUAACUUGCGGUAAUGCUCUACAUUAUUAGGAUCUCAUGAAACCUGCCAAGAACAUGUCCCGGUCUUAUUAAAAAAAAAAUCCCUUGCUGUUGUACAAUGAUAAUGCAUAGGUUGUAGUAUUAGAAUAAAGUCAAAAUGCUGUUCAAUCUAAUCCGAAACACCUUUGAGAAUAAAACCUAAAAUACAAUAUUAAGAAAAAUGCGCUCCACACACAGGCUUCGUUUUCUUAGUAAAACACACGUUUUUCUGUUUGACUUUGGCUUUAAUAUUACCUGGACAUGUUUCAUGAGACUCUCCCAUUGGUUUGAAACAUCGGCUCCACGUUGAGGUGAGAUGUGUGUAUGCUUAGAAAUGCAUGGUUUUGGGGAAAUGUUUAGCCCAUGAGUGCAAAUGCUGGAAGUGAGGAACACUUCAUAUCGAUGGACAGAAAGGUGUGUGUGUGUGUGUGUGUGUGUGCAUGAUUGGUAACGACUUUUAAAAGAAGGACCGUCAGUUUUGCAGACAAGUAUUAUCUCCAUAGCUGAUUCAAGCACACACUGGAAACGGCUUUACUGAGAUUUGUUCUGCAGGACUGUUUUUACUGUUUGUUUUUGUUUUUUUUAAGAUAAUCAACGUGUAUUUAGAAUGCGACCUAAAUAUUUUUUUAAUGUACAGAAUAUAGCUCAGCCAGUAGGAAACACGCCGUUGAGGUUUUUACUUUUGUGCACUACACUUUGGUUUGUGUUGUGAGUGUGGACGGAGCCAGUAACCUGCUGUGCAACACCUCAGUCUCAUGUGAUCUAGUUACAAGCCAGUCAACUGGAAGUAGAAUUAAUGAAUGUAAAAGAAGAAUCACCUUUCCUUCUCAGCUGUUUUUGUAUGAAUUAUACAAGUGAAUUAAAGCCCAGAUUAAUAGC